ACGAGGAGGCCCACAAAGGUUUCUCAAUCAGAUCCCUUCCUCUCGCUUCUCGUCUCUUCUCUACGGUGUUCUUCGAAAGAUCCCCCUCUCUUCUCUCUAUCUCCAUAGGUAACACUUCUUUUAUAAAAAUCCGAACUUUCUAUGUUAUUAUCGAACUUGAUGUUAUUCUCAAUUUCGAUCUGAUUUGUACAUCUUCUUCGAUUGAUUCGAAAAGUUUUUGUCUGAAGAAGAAGUAUCAGAAAGGUUGAGAAUUGAUUUCCAGUCGGUAACUAGAGGAAUGGAACUAAGUACCAUCAAGGAUGCAUUUGACCGUGUUGCCAAGAAGCAAAGGGUUUCAUUUUCUAAAACCCAAGAAGCUAUUGAUCAGAUUGCGCAUGAAAUCGAACAAACACUAGUAAAAAUGAACUCAUUUCAGGACCAUUCUCUUCCUACUGAUCAGAAAGCUAUCCUCGCAGAACUAAACAACAAGCUGAAUGAGAUAGGACCUCUUAAUCAACUUGAAGGUUCACAGAAAGAGCUAAAUGUAGCAUUAAGCAAGUACGUGAAACUCCUCGAUAAGUCUUUCAAUACGGACAUAUCCAAGGCUUACAGGACCGUUGAUUUUGAUAUACACACAGUGAAUCAAAUCAUUGCUUGCCACUUCUAUCGACUGGGGCAUUUUGACCUUGGUGAUUGCUUUAUAUAUGAGGCUAAGGAACCAGAAAUAGCUAAUCUGAAGUCCCCUUUCUUGGAGAUGUACAAAAUACUAGAGGCAAUGAGUUCCAGAAAUCUGCAGCCAGCAUUGCAUUGGGCUUCCUCCAACCAUGCCAUUCUUAUUCAGAAUGGCUCGAGCCUUGAGUUGAAACUUCACAGAUUGCAGUUUGUGGAGAUACUGAAAACCGGAAACAGAAAUGACGCACUCACAUAUGCAAGGACUUACUUUUCUCCAUUUGCACCUCUACACUUUGCUGAGAUUCAGAAGUUAAUGGCUUCAAUAUUAUGGGCUGGCCGACUUGAUAGUUCCCCGUAUUCUGAGCUCCUUUCUCCAAUCCACUGGGAGAAAUUAUCCGAGGAAGUGACGGAGCAGUUCUGCAGUCUUGUAGGGCAGUCAAGGGAGAGCCCAUUGAGUGUGGCGAUAUCAGCUGGGGUUCAAGGGUUGCCUACUUUAUUGAAGCUAGCAAGUGUGAUGGCUGCAAAGAAGCAAGAUUGGCAAGCCAUGAAGCAGUUGCCAGUGCCUGUGGAUUUAGGGAAGGAGUUUCAAUUUCAUUCAAUAUUUGUUUGCCCUGUAUCAAGAGAUCAAGGGAGUGAUGAGAACCCACCAAUGUUGAUGCCAUGUGGUCACGUUUUAUGCAAGCAGUCCAUCGUGAAGCUCUCAAAAAGCAGCACACGCACAUUUAAAUGCCCAUAUUGCCCGCUUGAGGCGACAGUUGCGCAGUGUAGGCAGCUUCAUUUCUGAUGAAGAACACAAUCUUGUCUAAUAUUUAUAUGGUCUUCAUGUGAAAACAGGUACUUUCUCCUCUAUCUUUGUGUCUCUCUCUCUCUUCUUUCUGUCUUGAUGAACUGAAAUCAAGUGGUAGAUAGCUUUGUUACUCGGUGGCAAUGUCGUUGUACUUAGUUGGGGUUUGUAUGGGAGGAGUGGAUGAACGAUAACCUUGAUGUAAAUAGAAAUUCUUUUUAGAUUCAUGCUUCAAGUCUUCUACUACAGAA